GCCCCGUCAUCGCCGUCUCCGUCUCGGUAGUCACCACACACUCCGCUCCUCCAGCCCUGGACACGGAACAGGUGCGUCGGCGAGGCUCUCCGAGUUGACCCUGCGUGGAUGAUGCACGGCGGACACCCGGCAGUGGCUCCCCGCAGACGGUCUGGUGUGGCGAACAUCUUCGUAUUCGACCUCCAGCGGAGCAUGCAGCCAUCAGAUUGAUCAAACAUGGAUCCUGAGGAGCUCGAGCUGCAGAAUGACUACCGCUACCGCAACUACGCAUCAGUCAUCGAGAAGGCGCUGAGAAACUUUGAGUCCUCCAGCGAGUGGGCCGAUCUCAUCUCCUCUUUGGGGAAACUCAACAAAGCGCUGCAGAGUAACCUGCGCUACUCACUGCUGCCCAAGAGGCUGAUCAUAGGGAAGCGCCUGGCCCAGUGUCUCCACCCGGCCCUGCCCAGCGGGGUGCACCUGAAGGCCCUCGAGACCUACGAGGUCAUUUUCAAAAUCAUCGGGACAAAAUGGCUGGCCAAGGAUCUGUUCAUUUACAGCUCCGGCUUGUUCCCUCUGUUGGGACAUGCCGCCAUGGCAGUGAAGCCCAUCCUGCUGACUCUGUACGAGCGCUACUACCUGCCGCUGCACAGAGCUCUGCUGCCCAGCCUCCAGGCCUUCAUCACGGGACUGCUGCCCGGCCUUGAAGAGGGGCUGGACGUCUACGACCGGACCGACACCCUGCUGAUGAAGCUCUCUCUGCUGGUGGGUCAGGAUGUCUUCUACGCCGCCCUGUGGGGCAGCAUUCUCAUCACCCCAAUGGUGAGACUCCCAGCCACCGUCUUCAUCGUCACACACUUCGACCGCGGAGUCCCUUUGCAAGAGCAGACGCACAUGCUGGGCCAUGACAAUCACCUGGUGGUGAAGUCCAUCUGUCUUUCUCUGCAAGACUCCCAUGUCCUGGUCCAGAGGAACACACUUGAAAUCCUGCACUACUUCUUCCCCUUGGCUGUGUGUCUGGACCCGAUGAAGACCAGCCCGACCUUGAGCACGGAGGACGUGACGUCAGUGGUGUCCGCGGCUCUGCAGACGCUCCUGCGCCGAGACAUGUCCCUGAACAGACGGCUUUACGCCUGGCUCCUAGGCUCAAACACCAAAGGGGAGAUGGUGACUCCGCACCCAACGCUGUCCACCACCACCGAGGACCACGCCAACUACUAUUUCAACACCUACUCCAGAGAUUUUAUUGUCCAGGCGAUGAUUAAUAUACUGGAGCAGAAGCAUUCGGAGGGCAGCCCAGAGAGCGUCAGCGGGUACCUGCGACCCUUUCGGAUCAUCAUCAGCAUGCUGGACAAGCCAGAGAUCGGUGCGGUGGUCCUGGGGAACGUCCUGCUGGAGGUAGUCAGAGCUUUUCACCGCUACUGCCUGGCAAUGCUGGAGGGGGAGAACGUCUCCAGCUCAGUUCUCUCAGGCACUCAGCUGACCAGCAAGAUCAAAGAGAACAAGAACUCCUCGGAGAUCAUCAAGACCAUGAACAUGCUGGUGAGCUCCAUGAACAGUGAAUAUCUGUGGGAGUACAUGACGCGACGCUUCUGCAACGCCUUCAGUGCCAGAGAUGACCCUCCUUCAGCCCCGCUGCAGGAUCGCUCUCAUCCUCCGCCCACUGUUGCAGAGAUCUCCAAUCUCAUGAUGUUCCUGCUCGAUGUUCUGCCACUGGAGCUGCAUGCAGAUAUUCAGUCCCAGUUUCUCCCUGAGAUGUUGGGCAUCCUGCUGCGGACACUCUGCAGCCACAUGGCCUCCGUCAGCCUGGACGACAUCACUCAGGGCCUCCGUGCCUGCUUCAAAGUGCUGAGCAAAAUCCAGAUGCCUGUGGCCUACAUGGACGUGGAGACGGAGGCCAACACGGACGUGGAGCUGCCCACACGGGAGGAGGAGGAGGAGGAGGACGAGGAUGCUCAGGGAAGGGACGACGAGGUUCAGCAGGAGGACGCGCAGCAGAGCAGCGAUCCAGGAGAAGAGCCUGAUCUCUCCAGUGGUGUCUGUCCAACCAUGAGAUCUGAGGACAGCGGCCUGGGGGUCAGCGCGUCCCCGUCAGAGCAGCACCUCCCACCACCCAUGGUGGUGGAGGACAGUAAGAGCGACGGCGCCUGGAGGAGAGGUGGGAGUGUGGACACGAUGACGCAGUGUCUGCAGGACAUCCUGGCCUUCAUCACCACCAGAUACCUGCUGGUGCAAGUGGAGGAUGUCACGCAGCCCGAGGCGGAGCUGGAGUCCACCACGUCAGCGGAGAAGACACACGACGGUGCGUCUGCUGGACAGCUGGACUGGUCUGUGGGCUUCAUGCCCCGGGGACGAGCGGAGAUUUCUGAGUCCUGCCGACAAGCCUUCACCGCCGUCUGCCACCUGCUGCUGGAGGUCACCACGUUCCCCAUCUAUCUGAGCGAAGAGGAGGGACUGGCUCUCUACCGUGACAUGUUCAGCGACACAGACACCCUGGAUGGUCUUCCUGUGUGGCUGAGGUCCCUGAUGAUUCUGUGCUGCCUGUCGAGGGAUUACAACAUCCAACACACGGCUAUAUCCUCCCUGCUGGAGGUCAUCAACCACUCUCAGUCCUUGGUUCUGGUCAUUGAGGAUAAGCACAAGCGCUACCAGACCUCCGACUCCAACCCACUGAGCGGACGUCUGCAGAUGAUCACCAUCCCGCCCAUUUACCCGGCACUUCUUACCGCUUUGGAGGAGAGGACCGACUUCUAUCAGAGUGUCUCCAAGGUGCUGUGGAACCAGCUGGACACGGAGCGAAAAGAGCAGCACACCACCUGCGUGGAACUCUUCUACCGGCUUCACUGUCUGGCUCCUUCACCGUCCAUCUGCGAGGACAUCAUCUGCCAGGCGCUGCUUCACAAGGACAAGGCCGUCAGACUAGAGGCUCUGCACCGCUUCACGCUGCUGUGGCACCUGACCCGGGAGACCCACACCAACAGAACCAUGUCCCACGGCCGCUCUUUUGACCGCUCUCUGUGUGUGGUGGUGGACAGCCUGAGCUGCAGCGAUGGCUCCAUCAGUGCGGCGGCGCAGUGCUGGCUCGUCCGCGCUCUGUCGCUCAACGAUGUCAUUCGAAUCCUGGAACCCAUUCUCUUGUUCCUGCUUCACCCCUCCACCCAACGCUGCUCCAUCCAGAGCGUCAAACAGAAUCUCACUGCUGGCACCAUCAAGUGUCUGAAUAACAGAGGGAGAAACGCUCCCAAAGUGUCUGACAGUCCAGGUGACGCUCUGCCAGACUUCAUCACCUUUAACCUCCUCAACAUCGUCGACCGUGAGUCCAUGUGGAUGGAGUUGGACAGUGAACCCGACUCGGCCAAGAUCCCGGACGCCAUGUUGGUCUCCAGGAGCGAGAGCGAGGCGACGGAGGAGGACGUGGAGGAGGAGCCAGAGGAGGAAGAGAAGAGCGAGCACACGGAGUCGGCCGACGUCAGCGGUGCCCAAGUGUCCACGGAGAACUCCACGUCCGGCUCCGGGGCCUACAGCAGCAUGGAAGAGGGGGCGCUGGUGAACGGGCUGCGGCGGGUGGAGUCGGAGCGCACGCAGGCGUCCGACUCCCUGUCCAGCGAGGACGAGGAGGAUCUGGAGCUGGAGGCCAUGGCCAGGUCUCGCCUGCUCAAGCAGGAGCGUGAGAAGAAGGAGGCCAUCGACUCGCUGUUCCGUCACGUGCUGCUGUAUCCUGUGGCGGGUGGCUGGCGCCACCUGCUGCAAGGCCUGGCUCUGCUGGACAGCCUGCUGAGGAGCAGCGCUCAGUGUCCGCUCAUCGAUUCCCUCUGCUCCACCUCGCUGGACACCAGCUCUGCUGCACACCUGAACCUGGUCUCGAACCUGCUGCAGCGCCAUCAGCAGGCUCAGGAUGGGAAGGGCUUCUACGGUGGCCUGCUCUCCCCGACCUCCAGCCCCUCCGUGCCGCCGUCUCUGCUCAUCGAACUGCUGGUGUCCAUGUGUCUCAGGCUGAUUUGCUCCUACUACCCGUCCUACCUGUCCCUCAGUCCAGUCGACCUGCAGGGGAACAGAGAGGUGCAGGUGAAGAGCGUGGAGGUCCUGACGCGUGUGAUCACCCGCCUGGACGACAUGGUGCAGAGGCAGAAGGAGAGCGGUGGAGCCGCCCUGGAGGUCGUACGCAAGCUGCUCACCGAGUGUAAAGUGCAGCAGUACUCGCUCCUCACGCUCUCGGCCUCCAUGUAUGUCAGCCAGCGCGGCGUGGACAAGGGUCCGCUCAGGAAUGUGGAGAUGCUGGACGAGGACGGGGGCUUCUCUGAGGAGAGUCUGGUGAACGUCGGUGCGGGAACGGGACAGGAGCAGUACACCCUGCAGAUCGAGUUGCUGAAGCUCCUCCAGGGGCUCAUCAUUCUUGAGCAGCACUUGACGCCCGGCGGCAGUGCCGCCGCGCUGGCGUCCUCUGGCCCGGCCAGCGAGAGCCGCGGCUCCCCGACCGUCAGCAGCCCCUUAGCUCGCGAGUGGCAGACUGCGGUGCUCUUUCAGCAGUCCAUCAAGGCAGCGCAGUACGUGCACCACCAGCCCAUCACGGCGCAGGGGAUGUUCGUCUCCGCCGCCGCCCGAGCGCUGCAGCCGCAGUAUGGCUACGGCAUGCACCCCCACUGGGUGUCCCUGCUCUGCAACACCCUGCCUUACCUGGGCCGCUCACUGGGCAUCAUCGUGGCGCCGCUGAUCAAUCAGAUCUGCAGAAACCUGGACGAGCUGGUGAAGGUCUACGAGCACGACGGAGGAAAGGCAAACCACAGUCUGAGUGGAAGGAGGGAGAACAUUGCCCCGGAUUACCCGCUGACCCUCCUGGAAGGUCUGACCACCAUCACCCACUACUGUCUGCUGGACAACAAGAAGUCCGUGGUGGCCUGCGACCCUGUGGACGUUCGGAACGCACGCAACGCCGUGAUCGAGGCGCUGCCGCACAUGCUCAGCAGCAUGGUGCUGCUGUGGGGCGUCGUCAGCAGGGACGAGUCACAGAAGAGGACGGCUGACUCCGCCCAGAGCAGGCGGCACGCCUCCAACUCCGUCUACUUCAAGAGCACCAAGAUCCUCCGGCAGCGGAUCCUGGAGUUCUUGGUUCCACUCACCGGCCACUACGGCGUUCAGCUCAUGGCUUCCCUGGGAGCUGUGUGGAGCAGCCGCCGGAGUAAAAGGCGGCCCAAAAACAAAGUGCUGCCGGUGCCUGGCGAGGCGCGCCUCAUGAUCGUGGAUCUGGUCAAGUCUCUGAGCACCUUCCACACGGACACCAUCCUGCAGUACAUCAAGGAGGUGGUGAAGAAGCCGCACCAGCUGAAAGGAGAUCAGAAAUCGUCUCUGGUGGAUGUUCCGAUGCUGCAGUUCAGUUACACCUACAUUCAGAGCCUUCCAGCCCAGGCGCUGCAGGAGAACAUCGCUCCUCUCCUCAGUCUUCUACGAGAGUCUGUUCAGCUCAACCUGGCGCCGCCUGGUCACUUCCUGCUGCUGGGGAUCCUCAACGACGUGGUCAACAGGCUCCCCAACCUGGACAAUAAGAAGGACUCCAGAGAUCUGCAGGAGGUGACUCAGCGCAUCCUGGAGGCGGUGGGAGGUAUUGCAGGCUCUUCUCUGGAGCAGACCAGUUGGCUCAGCAGGAGCCUGGAGGUCAAGGUUCAGCCGCAGGUGUGCCCUGAGGCGGACGAGCACGAAGACGCAGACGUGGAUUUUGACCAUUACGAGUCAAUGGUUCAGUCCAGCACCAUGGUCUCGUCCUCGGCCCCCUCCGUCUACAGUGUCCAGGCGCUGGUGCUGCUGGCUGAGAUCUUGGCGCCACUGCUCGACAUGGUGUACCGCAGCGACGAGAAGGAGAAGGCCGUUCCGCUCAUCUCCCGGCUCAUGUACUACGUCUUCCCGUACCUGAAGAACCACAGUGCCUACAACAUGCCCAGCUUCCAGGCUGGCGCCCAGCUGCUGAGCAGCCUCAGUGGCUACGCCUACACCAGACGGGCCUGGAGGAAGGAAGUCUUUGAGCUCUUCAUGGACCCGCUCUUCUUCACCAUGGACACCUCCUGCUUCCCCAGUUGGAAGUCCAUCAUUGACCACCUGCUGACUCAUGAGAAGACCAUGUUCAAGGACCUCAUGGGCAUGCAGAGCGGCUCCCUCAAGCUGUUCGCCAACCUGGAGCAGAAGCCGAUGCUGCUGAAGCGCCAGGCCUUCGCCAUGUUCAGCGGGGAGCUCGAUCAGUAUCAUCUCUACCUGCCCCUCAUCCAGGAACGUCUCACGGAGGCGCUGAGAAUGAACCCCAGCCCUGGAGUUUCUGCUCAGAUGUUCCUCAUGUUUCGAGUGAUUCUUCUGAGGAUCUCGUCGCAGCACCUCACCUCGCUGUGGCCCAUCAUGGUGACCGAGCUGAUCCGCAUUUUUGCGCGUCUGGAGAAGGCCCUGCGUGUGGACAAGGAGGCGCCCAAGCAGACCAAAGGAGCCCGAGGGGCCGUGGACAGGAACGGCCCGCUCAACUUCCCGCAGGCCGACCUCCACAUGUACCUGUCGGCGUGCAAGUUCCUGGACACCUCGCUGGCUUUUCCUCCAGACAAGAUUCCUCUUUUUCAAAUGUACCGCUGGGCCUUUGUCCCUGAGGUGGACGUGAACCGCUACAGUGGUCCAGGGAACCCGGUGAUGGAGGGCGAGCAGGAGUGCACGCCGCACGUCGUCAGGAUCCUGGAGGGGAUCCAGCAGCGAUACGGGAAGUUCAACGGGCUGAGUGAAGAGUCGUCCACCGACCUUCUGGAGUUCCCGCUUCUCAGCCAGAGCUCCAUCUCCUCCAUCACCCAGCUCCUGCCCUUCCUGCAAACCCUCUGCUGCUCCUUCCAGGGGCUGCCCCACAACGGCUACCCCACGCACCACCUCCCGCUCGCGGACUACCCCCCCGCCAGCUCGGAGAGAGUCCUGCAGAGGCUGGAGUGCAUCACCGAGGAGGAGUUCCUGGACAGCAUGGACAACUGAGUCGUCUGCGUGAUGACUUUGCACAACCAAAUAUCGCUGUAGAGGAGAGGAGAGUGGCUUCACCUGCCCACAGUUGAUGUUGAUGUGUAACUGUGAAUGUGAGUGAGUUGCUGCUGCAGCGUUCGGUCCUGCUGAAGUUUUACCUCCGCGAGUGGCUGUGGAUGCUUUGCCCCUCUUUUUUUUAUCCUUAACGCUGUGAAGGAGGGAAUGUUCUUAACCCCGCUCUCUGUCCCGGAAUGUUAGAAGAGUCUGUCUCGGAUGGAGUCCAAGUGAAACCCAGCCGGCUCUCGGGAAAGACCUGUGCAACUUUUAAAUGUCUGUGAAUAUGUCAAAGGGAAAAAAAUCUGCUCGUUCAGACAGGGUUCUGCUGGAGGAUGGAUGCAUAUUAAAGGAGACAACCGUG